AUGUUAAAAUGCUUAUGUAGUGGUAUGGAAGGAUUCAAAUGUUGCAGUAUUGUUGGCAAAUACGCUGAAUACAGCUGUACUGUUGCAGUUGUUAAGAAGCAAUGCUCAGUUUUAGUUACUCAAAAAUAUCAUAUAAAAGUCAAUAUUUCUAAUGCAAUUUCCGAAAAUAAAUAUGACUCAAUAUCUAGAGAAGAUAAUGAAGACUCAAAUCAUCAACAGCAUCAUCAUCAUUUACAUCAUAAAGGUGGUGUAGGUGGUCAUCAUCAUCACCAUCAUCAUCAUCAUCAUGGUAAUCACGGUAAUAAAGUUCCAUACAAUGGAUAUAAUUCAGAAGAAUAUUUGGAUAAAUUAGAACCGAAUGGAAACAUCCCAUCAAAUUAUAGAUGUGGAGGUGGUGAUUGGCAGGUACAGAGACAAUUAUCUGUAUCAUCAGAUAGUAAAUUAUUAGAUGACGAUAUUAGAGAAGAAACAAUAGUCAUAAUGAGACCAAAAAAACCACCUAGACCUAAAUCAGAAGUAUUUUUAAAUAAACCGGACCUGCAUCCAAGACGAAAACGUUUUAGUGCAUUCGGGGCGGACUCUCCGUUUGGUAAAUCAGAUGCCUAUAUUAAAUUAGAACAGCUUGGUGAAGGAUCUUAUGCGACUGUUUUUAAGGGUUAUAGCAAUUUAACUCAUCAAGUAGUUGCUUUAAAAGAAAUUAGACUGCAAGAGGAAGAAGGUGCACCAUUUACAGCAAUCCGUGAGGCCUCGCUAUUAAAAGAACUGAAACAUGCAAAUAUUGUAACAUUACAUGAUAUUGUACAUACCCGCGAAACUUUAACUUUUGUUUUUGAAUAUGUUAAUACCGAUUUAUCGCAAUAUAUGGAAAAGCAUCCUGGUGGUUUAGAUUUUCGAAAUGUUCGAUUAUUUUUAUUUCAAUUGUUACGUGGUUUAUCCUACUGCCAUAAACGAAGAGUUUUACAUCGUGAUGUUAAGCCUCAAAAUUUACUUAUAAGCGAAAUAGGUGAAUUAAAACUUGCCGAUUUUGGUUUGGCAAGAGCUAAAAGUGUUCCAAGCCAUACGUAUUCUCAUGAAGUAGUAACGUUAUGGUAUCGUCCACCAGAUGUUUUACUGGGUAGUACAGAAUAUUCAACGUCGUUAGAUAUGUGGGGUGUAGGUUGUAUAUUUGUUGAAAUGGUUACUGGAAUGCCAACAUUCCCUGGCAUACGUGAUACAUAUGAUCAACUUGAUAAAAUUUUUAAAUUAUUGGGUACACCAACUGAAGAUACAUGGCCGGGAUCAACACAUUUGCCUGGAUAUAAGCCGCAUAAAUUAGGUUUUUAUAGACCACGUAAAUUAGGUCAUAGUUUUCCUAGGUUAUAUGAUAUUGUUGAGGGUGAGGCGAUAGCAAGUGCUUUUCUACAAUUAAAUCCAGAACAAAGAUUAGGAGCUGAUGAAGCGUUACGACAUCCAUAUUUUGCACAGUUGCCAAAAAAAUUAUAUGAAUUACCAGAUGAAACGUCAAUAUUUAGUGUAGAAGGCAUAUUCUUAUGUCCAGAACCAAAUCGACAAAAACAAUGAAAAUUAAAGCAAGUUCUCUCCCUAGAUGGUGUCCGUCACUAUUGUUAACCGUCAUUUAUAUAUAAAUGUCAACAAUAAUUAUAAAAUAAUUAAAACAAAAAAAAAUUCUUAUUUUAUUAUUAUUUAAUAAUAAUAAAAAAAAUAAUUAAUAAUUUUUUUUAUGUUUGUUUUUAACAUAAACUAGAAAAAAAAACGGAAAAUGUUCAAAAUAUUAAAAUGUUGACAUUUUACAUCAAUCCAAUAUUAAGGAAUACAAAAUAUAUAAAGUUACUUUUAAACACUACUACAUACUCGAUUUUAAAAAUUAAAUAGUAAUUGCCACAGAUGGAACACAAAUAAGAAGAAAAAGAAGAAGAUAGAAUAACAGUUAAUGACAAAGACAACAUCAACUACUGGAAAAUAAAAUACAGAAAAAAAAAAAACAAAAACUUUUUAAAUAAUUUUUUUUUUUUUUUAAUUACAAAAUAUUUAAUUUAAUUUUUAUUUGCAUUUAAUUCAAAUGUUAAAAUAUAAACAAAAAAUAAAAAUAUUUAAAAUAAUAAAAAUAUAUACAGUUUUUGUAUAUGUGUAUAUGCAGUAGAACUUCAAUAAUACUUGCAUUAUUCACAAAUAGUUUCGAAAUAUUUGAAAUAAUUUUGAAAUAAAGAAAAUUCAAAACUAAAAAAGCCAAGUCAGUAAAAAAAUUGUUGGAUUCUAAUGAAUAAUUAAAAUUACAUACAGAGAAUUUGAGGAAAAGGAGUUUGGCUGUGUGUAUAUGCAUAUUAGGAAAACAUUUAAUAGUAAAUUGGGAAAUUUAAAACACACAAAAUCACCAACAAAUCAUAAUACAGUAAAUUCAAGAAAAUCCAUCAUAAAUUUUAUAAUAUAGGUACAAAAAAAAAUAUAAUUUUUAUUUUUUAAAAAUUUAUUUUUGUUUUUAUUUUACAUUUGAAAACAAAACAAAAAACCCAUUGUAUACCAUAUUAUUUAUAAUUUUUAAGUUUAAAUAAAUCAAAAACAAAAAAAAAAUAUUAAAAUGCCAUCUAGUGAUGAGGUUAAGUAAAUAUAAAAUAUAAAUAGUGUUAAAAUAAAGGAAUAAAGCGAUAAAUUAAAUAAAAAAUUAAAAAAAAAUUAAAAAAAAAAUGUAAGAAAAUUUUAAACAUAAAAAAAAAAUUAAUAAAAGAAACAAAAAAAUAGUAAAAACAUUCUAGUUAAAUUCGAAAAUAAAAUUAAAGAAGCAAAAAAAAAAAAAAUACAAAAAUUAAUUAUUAUUUUUUUAUAUUAUAUAUAAAUAUAUAUACAUAUAUAUAUAUAUAUAUAUAUAUAUAUAUAUAUAAUUUCAAUUUAUAUUUAUAAAGUAAAAAUUUUUUAGUUACUUCUCGUAUGUAUAGACUUACAUAUUAUAUAAUAAUAAUAUUAUGUAAAAAUAUAUUUGUAAUUAUUAUUAUUAUUAAUUAUUGUUCAAGACAAAAACAAACAAACAAACAAAAAUUUAAAAAAUCAAAUUUAUAAAAAAAUCAAAUAAUAAAACACAAAAUUUGAAUAAAGACAGAUGAAAAGAUGAAAUCAAAUAUGGUAUCAUCAUUAUACAUACAUACAUACAUAUAUAUAAAUAUAGAAGAUUUUUAUUUAAUUAUAUAAUAUAAUUAAAAAAUUUCAACCACAAUUAUAAAUAUGAAAAAAAGGAAGAAAAAUCAAUUAUUAUAAAAAAAAAGAAAAAAUUAAAUAAAG